UGCCAUGACGCCCAGGCUGCUCCCCUUGCUGCUGCUGCUCCUGGCCGGGCCCCCCUCCGCACAGCCGGCUCCCCCGACCUGCUACUCCAGGAUGCUGACCCUGAGCCGGGAGGUGGCUGGUGACUUCCAGAGCCUGCAGGCCGCGGAGCCCUCGGAGCCCUGUGUGAGAUACCUGCCCACACUCUACCUGGAUAUACACAACUACUGUGUGCUGGCCAGGCUGCGGGACUUCGUGGCAUCGCCCCAGUGCUGGAAGGUGGCCCAGGUGGAUGCCUUGAAGGACAAAGUGAGGAAACUGUACACCAUCAUGAAUUCGUUCUGCAGGAGAGAUGUGCACCUACGGCUGGCUGUCCAUGUGCCUGACUCGCUCUCAGAUUCUAAGCAUGGAACUCUCAGAGUCCCCACUACAGACACAUCGUCCCUGAACCGGGCAGCCGUGCCUGCUGGCAUGCUGCCAACAGUCCCUCCUCGUAAAGCUGAGGUUCAUGGGGAAAGAGGCGUCCGAUUUUAUGAAGACUUGUUUAUUAGCUGA